CAAAACCUAGCGUUUCUACCACCAUCCUAACCGCUUCAACUUACCAUGACGACGGUUCUCAUUGACAACUACGACAGUUUCACUUGGAACGUCUACCAAUACUUCUCUUCCCUGGGUGCCAAUGUAGUUGUGUUCCGUAACGAUAAAAUCACCGUCGAAGAGAUUGAAGCUCUCAAUCCUCGCAACAUUGUCAUUUCUCCAGGGCCUGGCCAUCCUUCCACUGAUGCCGGUGUUUCUCGAGCUGCUAUCCGUCACUUUGCUGGAAAGAUCCCUAUCUUUGGUAUUUGUCUUGGCCAACAAUGUAUGUUUGAAGUCUUUGGCGGAACGGUUUCUUAUGCUGGCGAAAUCUUUCACGGCAAGAUCUCUAGCAUUAGUCAUGACGCCAAGGGUAUCUUCAAAACUGUCCCACAAAACAUCAACGUCACAAGAUAUCACUCCCUUGCUGGUGUGGUAGACACUGUGCCUGACGAUUUGGAAGUCACUGCUCGCACUGACAAUGGCAUCAUCAUGGCGGUUCGCCACAAAGAAUAUGUCAUCGAAGGUGUCCAAUUCCAUCCUGAAAGUAUUUUGUGCGAAUAUGGAAAGACUAUGAUUCAAAACUUCCUCAACAUGAAGAGCGGUCUCUGGAAGGAUAAUCUCGAAUCUGGUGUUACACCACCUAAACCUGUGAACGGCCAAGUUGCUGAAGCCAAGGCUCAAGUGGCUAAGCCAUCUGUUCUCAACAAAAUCUACCAACAACGUGCUUUGGAUGUUGAUGCCGCAAAGGCUAUUCCUGGUCAAUCUCCUGAGGAUCUUCGAAAACUUAUCGCCUUGCAUGUUGCUCCUCCGUUGAUUGACUUCGUUGCCCGCGUUAAGCAGUCUCCUCUCGCCUUGAUGGCUGAAGUGAAGCGAGCAUCUCCUUCCAAGGGUAACAUUGAUCUUACUGUCAACGCCGCAGAGCAAGCUAUCAAGUAUGCCCAAGCUGGCGCCAACGUCAUCUCAGUGUUGACUGAGCCCAAGUGGUUCCGUGGUUCAUUGACGGAUAUGCGACUUGUUCGAGAUGCUCUCGCCUCCAUUCCUAAUCGACCUGCUAUUCUUCGAAAAGAUUUUGUUCUCGACACCUAUCAAAUUCUGGAAGCACGACUCUAUGGUGCUGAUACCGUUUUGCUCAUUGUCGCCAUGUUGAAUGACUCCCUCCUCAAGGAACUGUACAACUUCUCAAAAUCCUUGGGUAUGGAACCUCUUGUUGAAGUUAAUAAUGAUGAGGAAAUGAGCCGAGCCUUGGCGCUUGGUGCUAAAGUCAUCGGUGUCAACAACCGCAACCUUCACAACUUUGACGUUGAUAUGCAAACAACGUCUCGUCUCGCUGAAAUGGUUCCUGAAGGCACUGUCCUUGCUGCUUUGAGCGGUAUUACUGGACGCAAAGAUGUUGAAAUCUACGUUGAACAAGGUGUUGGUGCUGUCCUUGUUGGUGAGUCAUUGAUGCGCGCAGAGGACCCCAAGAAAUUCGUCGCCGACCUUUUGGGAUUAGAAAAGAAAUCAGACGAGCAGUCAUCUGCCAACAAAUGUGUUCAGAAAGCACCGCUUGUCAAAAUUUGCGGUGUUAAGACCGUUGAAGCAGCAUUAACAGCAGCAGAAGCAGGUGCGGACUUUAUUGGAUUAAUAUUUGCCAAAUCAAAGCGACAAGUCUCCAUUGAGGAUGCGCACAACAUCAUAAAAGCUGUACGAGAAAAACGCCCCCUGACCACCACCGAUCAGGCCAAUGUGGACGAUGACCAGCUUCCUCGCGAUUGGUUUGCAGCCCACGCACGAUUGGUUGAAAAAGCCUCCAAAAAGCCCUUGUUCGUUGGUGUGUUCCUGAACCAAUCUGUCGAACACAUGAACCAUGUCGCUACGACCUUGAACUUAGACUUCAUUCAACUUCACGGUACCGAGUCUCCUGAUAUCUCUCGUUACCUACCUGUACCCACCAUCAAGGCCUUCCACAUUGACUCGGAUACAUUCUCCACUAUGCAAAUACCCAAUAUCACUCAACCUGGCUACAAUGCACUUGCUCUUUUGGAUGCCAAGGUCCCUCACCUUAGUGCUGAAAACCAAGGUGGACAAGGCAUUAGCUUUGAUUGGUCCAUUGCUCGAACUGUCGUCGAGGCACCUUCUAGCAACAACUUCCCUAUUCUUCUUGCUGGUGGAUUGACUCCUGACAAUGUUGCCGAAGCUGUGGUGGCAGUUAGUCCCUGGGCUGUCGAUGUGUCCAGCGGAGUAGAAACCGAUGGAGUGAAGGAUCUUGAUAAAAUCAAAGCGUUUAUAGCCAACGCCAAAUCGGUCAAAGUUUAGAGUAAUUUCAUUUCCAAACAACACAGCUAUUGUAAUGUUAAUAAAAUGAAGACGUCGGAUGGCCAUAAAUCCCCAUUUUUAUUCCACUUCAUGACGACGCCAAGCAUGCCCAACCUCAACUAAGCUUAUCGCCGGUCAACCCUGACGUCUUGGCCCUGACCAAUGUUACUGCAAUAUGUUGAAUACGCGGCGCAGCAGGAUUGAUUGCACGUUCUGCAAGAGGAAAUGCUCUGCAUGAGGGGUUUUUUGUCAUCAUCUUCCGAUUACGUUUCUUCGCUGAUGACUUCCAGACAAUUGCGCAGCAAGACUGCAAAGAAAAACAAAUAACAAG